GAGGGAUACUUCCGGAACCAAUUUAUUCCUGGUUGCCGCUCAUGAACUUGGCCAUUCCCUGGGUCUCUUCCACUCGGCCGACCCUCGCGCCCUGAUGUACCCGGUCUACAACGCGCGCACAGACCUGGCCCGCCUCCGCCUUUCUCAAGAUGACGUGGCUGGCAUCCAGUCCCUGUACGGAUCUCCCUCUGUCUCCCCGGAUGACCCCGCGGUGCCCCCGGAAUCUGUGCCUCCAGGACCCGAGACCCCAGCCGCGUGCGACCCCAGUUUGUCCUUCGACGCAAUCAGCACUCUGAGGGGAGAAAUCCUGUUCUUCAAAGACAG